GUACGGCGACACCUCCAACCCCAUUUUCCACCGCUGUAGUGACUUCAUCGGAUCACGACAAUCUUCUCUCUGACACUUCUCGCUGCGUUAUAUCGUCGCCUCGUCCCUCGACUAGCCCAGAUUCCUCAUGCUUGCUGACAUUCGUGCUCGGGAUAGCAAGCACACGCUCGAACGGCGCGCCAGCGAAGCCAUCGUGCAUGGGGCCGUGGUUGCCACCGGCCUGCAGCAGCAGCAUCGCGGUAGCAACGACGUGUCGUUGUUACAACGCCGACACAGCGAAGACGUCGACUCGUCGUCGCUGUCCAUCAACACAUCGUCGACGUCGACGCCACAGGUCGUCAAGCCGCCAGACGCCAUUACGUUCUUCCUCUCCGUGACAGACCUCAACCUGCAGGGCACCACCAGCACGACAGAUCAUUUGCUUCGCAGUGCCAUGUCGCUCUUCGGUGGAAAGAAAUAUGCGACACCGAGCGCGGCCAAGACCCACGUGCCCGAGAGCCUCGUGCACAUCGACCUGCAAAGCCGGCUGCGGGAGACGCUGCCGUUCCAAACCGAGAAGGUCCGGAGUCCGAACCCGUCGUUCUGCCUCGGCAUCUCGAUCCCUGUCGUGGCGCACGAAAUGUCGGCGCAAGUGCUGUGCUUCAGUAUCGUGCUCACGGAAGAAGGCAACGGCAAGACCGUCGCGUACACCGAACUGUCCAUGAAGGACCUCGUGCGCAAGUUUGUCCACGGCACGUCGGCGCACAUCCACCUCCCGCUCAAGUUGCUUACCACAUCCAACACGGCCAAACCCAUGACCAAGAAGGCGGCGCCCGUGCUCACACUCAAGCUGGCGCGGGUGGCACCGCGGUCCCAUGUGCUGUUCCGGUCCGAGGACAAGAUGAUGCGGAGCUAUGCGUUUUACAACGGCGAGUACUCGACCCCCGUCGUCGCGACCGAGGAGGCAGAGGCUGUCGACAGCCACGCAAUCGUGCCGGCGCUCUUUCUCAAGGAAAUGCUGGGCGAAAUGCAAGCCAGUCUCGACUUGUGGCAGCUCCGGUAUGAAACCAAGACCCCGCGGACCACUGAGCCCAAGACCAGCCUCUUUCGGAGUCAUGACCCCGCCCUCGACCGCCUCCUCCAGGACCUCCAUCCCCCCCUCGAUAUGACGUACACGUCCGGGUUCCUUGAGGGGCAUCUCAUGACACUGGAAGCGCAAGUGACCGAGACCCGCGAGAUGAUGGGGCUGGCGCAGCUCCUGGACGAUAACCACGUGCUGUUCAAAGCUAGUGCCGCCAAGGACAAGCGCGAGACGCAGGCGAUGCCGACCAAUUUGUGUCUGUCGACGUUUUGCUUGUACAAGAGUCAAGAUGCGACACCGUUGCAGCGCAUGCGGUCCCUGUCCAUGGAUAUAAACGACAUGACAAUGUCCAAUCCUCCGUCGUCCACCCCCACGAUUCAACAGUCACCCACCCCCCCACGCAGCAGCAGCAUCCCCAGUCGCCGCACGUUGCAAGACGAACUUCGCCAGCAACGCAAGAAAGAUCGGUCCGUGUCGAUUGACAUGACAACAACGAGUAGCAAGGCGGACGUGGGGACAUUGGUGGUGGACGCGACGGUGACCAUCGUGACGUGCGCGACGCCGUCGGCGGACGCCCUCCCCGACCACACGACGUCCACCGCGGGGCUGCGGGACCUCGAAGACGAACUGGUCCAAGUGGCCACGCAGCUCCGCCAUCUGCUGCAAAUGGAAGUGUUUGCCGAAGGCGGCGUUGGCAGUAUUCCUGCGACACCGUCGUCGAUGCUCUUGGCCGGGCGAAAGUCGGACGUGCUUAGCUUUGACGACGCCCUGACCACGUCCACCACUUUGGACGAGAACCGAUCGAGCUCGCACGGGUCGAGCGGCGGCGGCGGCGGCAGCGGGGAGAGCGGGCCCAAAGACGACGACUCGUCCACCGUCGGCAGCAAUUCCGACCACGGCCACAGCAUCUUAACCCGGUCCGCACGGAGAGGCAUGCAACUGUCGGCAUCCUUCGACGCCACGGCGAAACGCAUGUCCAAAGUACGCAGCGACUCGAUUGAUUGGGUGAAAUCUCGCGUGCGGACGGAAUCCCUCGAGUGGUCGCGGUCGUCGCGCGACUUGUUGGCUGACGCGGGGGGUACUGGCGCCGCGGACAAACUCGCCAGUCUCUGGACAAAAUGGGAGCACACCAAGGCAGCGUACGUGUUUCGAAAGGUCGUGUGUGUGUCGCAGAGUGUAUCGGUGCUCGUGGCCGCGUUCUUGGCAAAGUUGGAAGCAAUUUUGGACGUGCCGAUGGAGUUGGAGCAACUUGGUCGCAUCGGGUUUCUCUUGGGGUGGGAGUGCUUGUUGUUUGCCCAGGGUGGCAAGGAGCAGCGCAUGCUCUCCGACACGUUCGUCGCGGUGAAAGCGUUGGAAGGGUUCUCCAUUACGUUGGUCCCGCUCCGAGAAGUGGGGGCUCCGUCGUCCCGGGUGUCGUUUACGUCAUCCACGUCGAUUCAAGUGGGGGUGCCGCCAUCCGUGUACCACAAGCUGCCGCGGCGGCUACAAGUGGCCCGCAUCCGCGUACACACGGCCAUGUUUUCCCAGGGGUUGCAUGAGAUGCAGAACCUGGCGAGCUUGGUCAAUGCGACAGGGUUCCAGCUACAGGGCGUGGUGAACCGCGACGGAUUUCAAACCCUCCAGCGGUACCACCGGUCGUUUCUGGAUAUGCAAAAGGAGAUGAACGUCCACAUGCGACACCGUCUCAAUAAUGAGACCCUCCUCGAUGCCCUCAUGCCUUUGGUGGGCCGCAACGCCAAAGUUACGACGAAAGCGCUGUACGCGUCGUCCAACACCCUCAUGCUCCUGGAGGCGGCCGAUAUUGUGCGCAAGAUGAACGGGAUGCGCGUGACAUGCUGCCCCACGGGCGCCGACCACACCGCCAUGUCUGUGACACUGGAGCAGGCCAGACUGCUCUACUCGAAGCGCACGGCCAACACGAACGCGAGCACCGAGGACCACGACGUGCUCAAACCGAUCGCGAACGUCAUGCGGGAAUAUGGUGUGCGCAUCGCCGUGGCCAUGAAGAACACGGGGCGGUUCGAGUAUGGGUUCAAUGCAAUCCAGAGGAAGCUCCUCCCGGACCUCUACCGCCCGCCCACGUCCACGAUCCAAGAAAUGACGUCGGCGUUCUUUUGAGUAUUGUUAUUAAAUUGCAGGGACCCAUCAUCAUUAUUGGCCAACUUUUAAAAAUGAGAUGAGAAAAUUAUCACCGUUGUGAAAUGUCUCC